AGACCUUUGCAGAGCCUUCACUACAAGCCACUCAGAUGAAACUGAAGAGAGCUCGGUUGGCAGAUGAUCUGAAUGAGAAGAUUGCUCAGAGGCCUGGCCCUAUGGAACUGGUAGAAAAAAAUAUUCUUCCUGUAGACUCCAGCGUUAAAGAAGCUAUUAUAGCAGUUGGACAAGAGAAUUAUCCUCAAGCUUUGGAUGAUUAUUCAUUUGAUGAAGACAGCAGUGAUGCUUUAUCACCAGAUCAGCCAGCCAGCCAAGAAUCCCAGGGUUCAACAGCUUCCCCUGGUGAGCCAAAACCAAGUGAUUCACCAUCACCAAUAACACCAAAUGCUGCUACGUCAACACAGUAUCCACCUUUAACCUCUCCAGUUCCUGAAUUACUCAAAACUCCCUCUACAAUCGAACAGCACGUUACACGUUCUACUGCUACAACCACCCUCACCACAAAUACUGUAUCUGCAGCAAAGCCUGGGCCAACGUUGGUAAAGCAAAGCCACCCAAAGAACCCAAAUGAUAAGCAUCGGAGCAAGAAGUGUAAAGAACCUAAGCCAAGGGUGAAAAAAUUGAAGUAUCAUCAAUAUAUUCCACCUGAUCAGAAAGGUGAGAAAAAUGAACCACAAAUGGACUCCAACUAUGCUCGUCUGCUACAACAGCAGCAACUGUUUUUGCAGCUGCAGAUCCUGAGCCAACAGCAACAACACUACAACUACCAGACAAUUCUACCUGCACCGCUGAAGCCACUGAAUGACAAACAGAAUAACAACGGGAAUACGCCACUGAAUACUUUGAAUAACAGUACACCAACAUCAGCUGCCAGCUCACCAAGACAGAAUAGUAAUAUUCCUAGCCGGAAACCAGGACCUCUACCUUCAAGCUUGGAUGACUUGAAGGUAGCGGAGCUUAAAAUGGAGUUGAAAUUGAGGGGAUUACCAGUGUCUGGAACAAAAACAGAUCUUAUUGAGCGUCUGAAACCCUAUCAAGAUCUUAAUAACAAUGGAGUUGCUAUUAGUAGCUCUGUUACAGUAACCACUUCUACUGGGGCCACAGGUAGCACUGGGGAAGUGACUGUGGCAUUUCCUGUUGCAACACUAAAUAAACCAGUGGCUAAUACGAUAUCCAGCUUUCCUCCAGAAAAAACAUCUACUGGAUCUGGCUGCAAAGUAGUAAAUACUGAAAACAUUAGCUCUCCUUUGCCUAUAUCUCCCUCUCCUUCAGAACAAUCUAGUCUAAGCACAGAUGAUACUAGUAUGGCAGAUACUUUCACAGAAAUGAUGACCAUGAUGUCACCAUCCCAGUUCUUAAGUACUUCACCACUAAGAGCAAAUAUGAGUGACGAUAAUCAGAAUCGCAGUAGUGGAACCAUCUCAGCCAUGGAGUUUGAUGUAGCAGAAAAGGACCGCAAGCUUCAAGAAAAAGAAAAGCAGAUUGAAGAGCUCAAAAGGAAACUGGAACAAGAGCAAAAACUUGUGGAAGUAUUGAAAAUGCAACUUGAGGUUGAAAAACGGGGACAACAGCAACAGUCUCAGACUUCUGGUAACUCAGCUGCUUUGGAACAGAAACAAUUCAGUGCUGCUAUCAAAGAUGAAAAUGCUCUUACUGACUGCUCUAGUACAAGUCAAUCUGUACCUGUAGCUAGUCAUUCUUUAGGACAAUCGGUAUAUACUAGUGGCCAGAAUCCAGUUGCCAAAAAGGCGGUUGUUAUCAAGCAGGAGAUACCUGUGGCCAAAGCUGAACCUCAGAAUGCCAUUUCUCAAUUUUAUGUUAAUCCUCAGAGGCAGCCACAAACUGCAGUUGUUGCCCAGCCUCAAGCUUUAUUAACUACCCAAGGAACUGCACAGCUGCUCCUUCCACUAUCUAUCCAGGGACCGAAUUCUACCACUGCGGUGCAGCUACCAGUUGGAAAUAUAAAGUUGCAGGCUCAAUCACAAGCUGGAAUACAGACCCCAUCACAAAUACCUGCUCCUAUUUCUUCCUCUGGCCUGGUCCAGACAGCACCUCAGAUGCAUACUCCACAAUCAAAACAAAAUACCAUCACGCAGCAUGCACUUGGUCAGACCCAACAAAUCAGAAAGGUUUUUCCACCUACCACAUCAAAUACAGUAUUUUCCUAUCAGACUGCACCAGUUACAACACCUUCACAAUCUUUUAUUAAUAAAACAUCAAACUCUAACAUUCACACUGGUGGUAAUCAGGUUCCCUCUGUGCAGAAUGGACCUGCUACUCCCAAUAAGCCUGGCUCUCCGUCUCAAGCCCAGCCUUAUAUUGUUCAACAAUCCCUCUUCAACAACGCAGUAUCCAAGACAAAAGAUCCUCCUCGUUAUGAAGAGGCCAUAAAACAGACUCGCAACAUUCAGACAUCGCACCGUGAG